GUUACGCCGCCAUCUUGAAAGCGUUAUUGUUGUCAUGUUUACGUUGUGUGUGAAAGGUGAAAUUUGUGAUAUUUGAUAUAAAAAUCUGAACCAAGUUGAUGUAACAACAAGCCGCAGACAGUAAACCAUCACUAUGUUUUACGCACAUUUCGUGCUGGCCAAGAAGGGCCCCUUGGCCAAGAUUUGGCUGGCGGCUCAUUGGGACAAGAAGCUAACUAAAGCUCAUGUAUUUGAGACCAAUAUUGAGAAAUCAGUUGAUGGUAUCUUGAAACCCAAAGUCAAGAUGGCUUUGCGUACAUCUGGCCAUCUGUUGCUGGGUGUAGUGAGAAUUUACUCAAGGAAAGCCAAAUACUUGCUACAGGAUUGUAAUGAAGCCUUUGUCAAGAUUAAGAUGGCCUUUAGGCCUGGUAUGGUGGACUUGCCUGAGGAACACCGUGAAGCUGCUAUGAAUGCUAUCACCUUGCCUGAGGUCUUCCAUGACUUUGAUACAGCUAUGCCUGAAUUAAAUGAAGUGGACAUUGAGGCCCAGUUCUCAUUGAAUCAGUCAAGAGCUGAAGAAAUUACAAUGCGCGAGGAUUACGGGUCGUUGAACCUCGUGACGCAUGACGAUGGAUUUGGAGACAUGGGGUUCGAUACCGAUAAUCCUGAUAUCAUGCGAGAAGCUAUUGGCAAUGAAGGUGGACUGGAACAGAGUAACCUACUGUUUGCGGAUGGGUCGUCCCUGGAACUAGCGGGAAAAGAUGGUGGAGUGGGCAGUCUGACGGGUGGAGUUCCGGCUCUCGCGCCGGAGCACCCACGGCGCAUGGAGGCAGCCCCACACGCACCUAUGGAUGAUGGCUUCGGUGGAACUAUUGGCGAUGUUGCGGAUUUUGGACAUGCGGGCGGUCUGUUCGAGGGUGACCUAUUCGGAGAAGUAACUGGCGGCAGUAGUUCUGCUGCAGCUGCCUCCGGUAUGCCUGGUACUUCAGCACAGACACAAUCUCUCCAGGCUGAGAUCGACGCGGCGGGAGUGAACGCUGGUGAAACUGGAGGCGACGUGGCGGCCGCGGACGCGCCGGACUCUGACGAUGAUAUGGGCGACCACUACGAUGCCGGCAACUCUCCACAACACAGUUGGGGCGGGUCCCCAGCUCGCCCCGAGAGCGUGGCCCCACCAGCGGCGCCCGCGCCUCCUUCGCCGAGCCCACAUAUACCUAUGGAUGUAGACACAGUCCCGGAGCCGGCCCCGCGUCCGGCGAGCACGGAGCCGGCGGCGGGCGGCGCGUCCGAGCGUCUGCCCGACAAUACCACGUUGCUGCACAACGACGAGGAAUCCUUCGCACUCGCCCCCGUCGACGCUACGGUUCUUAAAGGCAUAACAAAAACAAAACGUAAACGAAAGCUUAUCGUGGACGAAGUGAAGAAUAUAUCUGGUGAGGAAAUGAAGAACCAGCUUAGUAACACGUCUGAUAUCGUUACGACGUUGGACUUGGCACCCCCUACCAGACGUCUCAUGCACUGGAAGGAAACCGGUGGCGUCGAGAAACUGUUCACCUUGCCUGCUAGGCCAAUACCUUCUAGUGUAUUGUUUAAGAAAUACCAGCGUAACAUGACGCUGCGUAGCGAGGCGGAGGAAGCCGACGCGGCGGCGGCCGCGGCUCGGUCGCCCGACCCGGUCGAACCGGCGCGCCGAGGGGGGCGCAAGAGGAGACACGAGGAGACGAUGCUACCGCCCGAGACACCAGCACCUGCGCCGGCCCCAGAAUUGGAACCUCCAACUCCUGUACCUCAGGAAUACGAACCUUCAGUCGAGCCCGAACCUGCGCCGGAACCGACCGUCGAACCACAGACUCCUCGACCGGACGUCGAUGUCGACCUUCCUCAGACGCCAGGAGGUAUGCUGAGUGCGCUGGGCGGAGGCAUGACCCCGAGCGCGCUAGGCGGCCUCACGCCGGGGACUUUACUGCAGGCCGGCCUCACUCCUGCAGGCCUCCCGCAUGGAGGGAUGACACCUGGUGGUUUACAACAUGGUGGCAUGACCCCAGCUGGCCUGCAUCACGGAGACAGUCAGCAUGUAGACUUAGGCCUGUCUGCAGGUGGCAUGACCCCGGCAGGAUUACACCAUGGAGGUAUGACCCCGGGUCUACUAGAAAGCGGUAUGACGCCCGCGGGAUUAGUACACGGAGGCCUCACUCCUGCCGGUCUGCACCACGGAGGCAUGACGCCAGGUGGUUUAGAUCACGGCGGUAUGACGCCGGCGGGAUUACAGCACGGCGGUAUGACCCCAGCCGGGCUACAGCAUAGUGGCAUGACCCCCGCGGGGCUACAACAUGGCGGCAUGACCCCAGCUGGAUUACAACAUGGUGGAAUGACACCUGGAGGAGUACAACACGGCGCGAUUCUCCAGCAUGGUCUGGAACAGCUGCCAAUGAUGCCGCAGCUAGGCGGGGACCAAGUGUCCUCCUUGUUACGUACCUCUCUGCCUACUCCGGCCGCAGACAGAGCGUCUCACGACCUCCCACAUACUGUACCUAUGGAACCUCUGCUACAUGGCCUCGAGGACCAUGGCGAUUAUCAGAAUGGAAUGCAAAUGACAAACUUGGGUUACGACGACCAACAUGGACACAACAGUCCACAACACGAUUACGAUUUACCUUUAACGCCAGACAACGCGGAAGAGGGUGAACGCGAAGCAGGUGAGACGGACGAGCAGUUCGAGGAGCGAGUGCUGAACCGUCGUGCCGCGCAACUCUUCGCCGUGAUGAAACCCAAACUGUCCGUCGGACUACAACUUUCAUUCACAGAUCUUGCACCAAGACAUAAUAAUAGAAAACAGGUUGCACAGAAAUUUUACAGUUUACUUGUGCUCAAAAAACAUCAAGUGUUGAAGUUAGACCAACACGAAACAUAUGGACCUAUUACCAUAUGCAAGGGUAAUCAGUUUGAAACUGAAGCGAUUUAAUAUUGUACUAACACAUUAUUUAUAAUAGAAUGUAAUAUAAAGAAGAUAUCAAGACUAGUUCAUAAAAAGAUUUUUAUGGAAGUGAAGAGACGAUGUUUAGUUGUAAAGUUAUGGACUUCACGGGAAACGCGUUGAGCCAAAAAUAAUGUGUAAGUUUGAUCUUGUAACUCGAAUUCAUGACAGCAUUUUAUUCUUUAAAUAUUGGACCAAAUAAUAUUACGAGUGUUGAUCUCACAAAAAAUCUAAUUGAAAUGAGUUUUGAUUAUGUGAAACAGUAGUUGCUAUCGUGAAUUCGAUUUACUCGUGAUGAGCAGUUUCUAUUUGGAUAAUUAUGUUUGAUAGAAAAGUGUAGGAAAAUGCCUUAUUUUGUUUUGCUGUAGGCUAAGUGAAAUUAUUGUGAAGAUGUUUUACAAACAUUGUUUAAAUAGUCAAUCAUAGAAAGAAAUAGUACCUAUUGCUGUAUUGUUGAUUCCUGUUUCCUAAAUCAUGUAUGUAUGCAUGUUUACUGAUGCCGCAACUACGAAAAUUAUGUUAUGCCUGUGACAUUUAUUUAAAAUUGUACCUCUCAAGGAAGUGUAGACAUUAAAUUUUGUUUAUAAUAAAUAUAGCUUGUUGUCCUUCUAUUGGGAUUAAGAGAUUUUAGUGUGUUUAUAUACCAGAUGAUGUGAAAUAUUUAGUGGCAGACUGGAGUGAUUGAGAGAUAAAUUAUGUAGGAAAAUAUAACAAGUGAUAUCCUCAACACCAAAUAAACUUUAUAACUGUUUCCCCAUGUGUGUUAGAAUGAAUUUGGUUUUUACAUUUCUUUGAGAUAUUUAUCAUACUUAUUGUGUUAUUGUAAAACAAAUUGAAUGCACACCAAAUACCUGAAUGAUUAUGGUUUGAAUUCAUUUUGUUGCUUUGAUAUUUUUUGUAAAAUUUCUCGAUCUAUUGCAUUAUAAAUGCCUCAAAAAGUAUAGUGACUAUUAUCAUGUACCUAUUAUUUUUAUUUGGACAUAACUUCUUAACAUUUAAGUGUUUACCUCUGCCAAGUACGAAAUUAGUACAUUUAUUUUCCCUUUAUGUUCGGAGGUAUUCCCUUAGAUAUUUUUCAUAAAAAAUAAACAUAUUUGCAAUAAAUUUGUUGAUAUAAGAAAGA